AUGGAUGAUGUAAAUGAAUUUAUUGUGAAUGGGACGGUAUCAGCCGAAUUGAAUGUUAAAGGGACGAUAGCAAUAUUAGUAACCAGCACGAUUAGUAAUUUAACAAUUUUUGUGAUGUUUUGGAUUAUAAUCAGACAAAAUCAUUCUUCAAGACACACUGUGGUUACAAGAUUAGUAUUGAAUUUAUUUGUAUCUGAUUUUAUACAGUCAAUCGGGUUCAUGUUUAGCUACCAUUGGAUAAAAAAGGGGAUAAUACAACAAGGAAUUCAUUGCGAUAUACAAGGUUUUCUCAUCAAUUUAGGAGAUGUUGCCUCGGGAUUUUGGGCAUUCGUAAUAUGCGUGCAUACUUACAUGCUCGUGGUUCAUUCUUAUGAAUAUCCACAUAUAGUAUUUCUGUCAAUGAUAACCAUAUGGCCGUUCAAUUUCUUAAUUUCGACUUUAGGUUUCGCUAUUCAACAUGCUAGCGAUAGCGGUAAAAGAUUUUAUGGUAGCGCUGGCGGUAGUUGGUGUUGGAUUGAUAGAGAUUUUCAAGAAUAUCGAAUUGGUUUUCAUUACGGAAUCAUCUUAUUCAUUGCCGCGGCCAUGAUCAUCCUUUAUGCUAUCAUGUUUGUGAUACUGUACAGACGUCAAAGAACAAUGGCAACGAGAGGUUCGAGGAGAGUUUUACAGAGUGUUAAUAAGAAACUUGUAUGGUAUCCCGCCGUCUAUAUCGUUCUGAUAUUUCCGUUAGCCCUUCUGCGUCUUACAGAACGUAUCGCUGCUCUUGCCGCUCAAGAUACAAAUAUUUGGGGCUCUAGUUAUUUGGUUAUAGCGGGAAGUAUCUUUACGAGCGCAGGGUUAGUAAAUGGGAUGAUUUAUGGUAUAACUCGGAACCUUGUAUCCGUAAAACCUGUGAUGGCCAUGCCGAUGCGAAUAAGUUAUAUGGAACACCCGACAAUUUAUGAAUUUGAUGAUGAUAGUCGUUAUUUAUCGAGUUCUAGUGCCGUGACUCCUCCAAGUCCUACACAUUCAACUGAUCCAUUAAACAACCAUAAUCGAAAUUACUCUAAUUCUUCGGAUACGAUCUCUCCCGUUUGA